UAUACAUCACGCAAGCCGGCGCAUUUUAGCUGCGCCGAUAUUUUCCACCAACCCCAUCCCGUCCUCCCCCUCUCCCAAUCUCAAACCCACAGACCCUUGUCCUUCUCUCAAAUUUUCGCAGCUAACGGAACAUUUAGGGUUCGGCCUCCGCGAGAAAAAACUUCGUCCUAGAAUCGAAACCCGAACCUUUCAAACGAUCAGGUGUUCGUUUCGCUCUCCGUUUUCAAUUUUUCUGUCUGUUUUUUUUGGUGCCAAAAAAAUGGGUGACAUGGAAGACGAUGCGAGGUACUCGAGCAAAUCCUAUGCUCUAAACCCCUAUAAUCCUUCUCAUCGCCCAAGAAACUUGAUCCCCAGUUCCAAUUACACUCACCCAAUAAGAAAUAACUACGAAGUCGAGGACGACGACGAAUUCGACGUUGAGAAUGACAGGCAGGAAGACGAGGAAGAGGAAGAAGACGAAAACCCAAAUGGGUACUAUCGCAAUCUCGAAGAAGAUGGAGAUUUUAAUAGGCACCCGAAGAAGAGGAAGUUAAGGAAUUCCAUUUCGGGCUACGAGUCCGUGGCCAGAAGUGCGAAAGAUUCGUACUCGGCGUGGAUUCCAGAGGCAGAGUGGAAUAAGCACUCGGUGUUCGUUUUGUUGGAGGUGUGGGGAGACAGGUUUCUUCAACUGGGGAGGAAGAGCUUGAGGUCCGAGGAUUGGAACGACGUCGCCGAGAAGGUCUCCGAGGUUUCGAAGACCGAGAGAACCGAGGUGCAAUGCAGGGCUAUGAUGGACAAGCUGAAGAGGAAGUACAAGAAAGAGAAGGCCAAAGUUGACGAAAUGGGAUCGAAUUCUAGCAAAUGGGUCUACUUUAAGAAGAUGGAUAUGUUAAUGGCUUCGUCGCCCAGGCAAGACUUCGGGCUGGCUUGUGGGGUCGAUUCGGGUGAGUAUGUGUUUAUGAAUACUUGGGUUUAUUUGGACAGGUCGAAUGGAUUUGAUGAGAUGAGGGAUAGUCCUGGGGAGUCGGAGAAUGAGGAGGAAGAUGGGAUUGAGUCGGAUGAGAUCCCACGAAGGACAAGAGCGAGAGGCCUUGGAGAAGGGUCAUCGUCGUACAGGGUGGUGGCGGAUUCGAUACAGAAGUUUGGGGAUAUAUAUGAGAAAAUUGAGAGUGGUAAGAGGCAGCAUAUGAUGGAGUUGGAGAAGAUGAGGUUGGAGUUCCAGAGGGAAUUGGAGUUGCAGAAGAAGCAGAUUCUAGAGAGGGCCCAGACGGAGAUUGCGAAAAUGCAGGAAGAGGAUGAUGAGGAUUCUGAUUCUUCUGAAGAGAAUCUCAAGAUGCUGGAAUUGGAAAAAUCAUUGUAUUUGGUUCCUUUUCUACACCAACUAUUGAUGAUCACCAUGUUGGUACGGGAAUGUUUUGGUUUAUUGUAAAUUAAGUACUACUUGGAUAUUCUGCUUUGAUGAAAGGUUAUGGGUGUCAGUUUAUUGGAGGACUGCAAAUUAGGACAGGCACAACAUCGUUUUGAGGUGGCUCGUUUGGGGAGUGACAUAAGAUGAAAAUGUUGUAAAUAGUAAGAUAGUUUGUGAAUAGUAGUGAGAUAGUUUGAGCUGAGUAUUUUUUGGGUUUUGGGAAAUGAGAGAGAAAA